CCGACCCGGUGCUGGCAGAGGCGGUGCUUGGCCUUCACCCCAACCAAGAGGAGCAUUCCUUAUUCCUGGACGUCCACCCGGUCACCGGGAUCCCCAUGAACUGCUCCGUGAAAUUGCAGCUGAGCCUCUAUAUCAAGGCUAUCAAAGGCAUCGGACAAACGGGGAAGAUCCAGCCCGUGGUCCUGCCGUUGGUGUGGUUCGAAGAGAGCGGGGCGAUGGAAGGUGAGCCCCUGCAGACCUUCUACACCCAGCUGGUGUUGAUGCCCAGUGUGUUGCACUACGCCCAGUACGUCCUCCUCGCGCUGGGCUGCGUCCUGCUGCUCAUCCCCAUCAUCCACCAGAUCCGGAGCCAAGAGAAAUGCUAUUUAUUUUGGAGUAGUAGUAAAAAGGGCUCAAAGGAUAAGGAGGCCAUUCAGGCCUAUUCUGAAUCCCUGAUGACAUCAGCUCCCAAGGGGACUGUGCUGCAAGAAGCAAGACUGUAGGGUCCCGGAGAUGCCACGAGCCAGCCCAGCGUGGCCACUCAGCCAGACCUGCUCCCCGGCCCCUACACCCCGCUUCUUCAGGACUCUCUCAGUGGACAGCCCACCGGUCCUGAAGUCUGAGCCCCCUAGCUGCCACACGCGUGACCACACACUGCACACCCCCCAGCAUGUGUACAUGCACGAGUCCACAGGCGUGUGCAGGCACACUCAGGGAUGAGCUGCUGCUGAGGAGACUCAGGGAGAGCCUCAUCAACAAGGACUGUCUGGAACCUUCUGUCCAAGUGACCCGCAGUGCUGUGGGCACUGGGUCCCCUCCCUUGAGUGAGCCUGGCCAGACCUGUUCAGCCAGGGGGACUGGGCUCCGGACACCACCUCCCCCCCAGCGCCCUCUCCACCAGUCAUGAAAUCCUGCAGUCCCUGAUUGGUGGCUCGGUCAUGUAGGACAGGCCUUUUACUCUGAGGGACCGGCUACUGUCCCAAAAUCCAGCCCGGGAACACAGACUUCUUGUGCCAAAGCCGUGUGGGCAGGGGGCUGCCCCGUCCAGCCCAGACCCAGAGCUUUGGCCCUGUACGUCCAUCUGGGCUGGGGGCGAGGCGCCUUCACAUGGGCCUCAGCAAACAGUGUGAGCUCCAGAUGCAUCUCGAGCCUGCUCCAACAGUCUCCUCAUUCCCCAAGCAGACGAUGAUCUCCCUGAAGUCUGCAUGGGGACCAGGCUUGGGUGCCUGGGGCCCCUUUCCUCCAGCCUAAACUGACAUCCUCCUGUAUACUGAGCCGGCCGCUCCCUGGUGAGGGUGGUGGGAGGCUCCACCCCAGGCUGCCCACCAGGAGGGCCCUCAGCUUUUAGGUGCCGCAGCGGCAGAGGUGCGGAAGCCCAGCCCCAUUGGUCUGGGGUCUGGUCCGGUCGGGUGGGAGACCCAUCCACCCGUGACUCCCACUCUGGGGUAAGCCUCUGCCUCUUUUCUACUGCAAGAGAAGUGAAGUUUAUCAUCUUUUAAAAGUAAUUCACUGUUGAAGUAAUAAACCUUUUUUAAAAGUUAA